UACUUGCCCUCCUCUCCUCUCCCGCCACCUCACAGCCCCCGUCAGACGCGGAACGCCCCGAGGCGAGCGCGCGCGCGUGUGCGGAGGCAGCCGCCAUGCCGGGCCACCGAACCCGCGCCGCCGCGCGCCUAGGCGGCGUCACCUCCCGCCGCCACGCGGAGCUCCUCCUCCACUGCGGCGUCGGCGGCGUCUCCGUCAAGGACCUCCGCCUCCGCCGCGUCGUCCCGCCCGCCGCCGGUUCCGUCGGCUCCUCCCCUGAGUGCACCGCGCCCGUGAAGCCCGGAUCUGCGGAGAGCACGCCACCGGAGGCUGCGUCGGCCGCCGCCGCGGCCGAAGACCUCGACCGGAAGCCGGUGCUCCCGCGGUCCAAGCUCGUGCGCGACCCCGGCUCGUUCGGCUACAGGCGGCUGCUGCCUUUCCUCAACGAGAUGGCCAAGAACGAUAACUCAAUCGGCAAGGAAGUGCCCUCAGACAGCGCGGCUGCGCACUCAAAGAACGAGCUCAGCAGAUCUGACUCUCGGUUGGUUGAUGAGCCUUUGGGUGCGACUCGCCUCGAAUGUGAGGCCAUGGAUUCUGUGGAGCCGGUGGUGGUGAAGACUGGAGGAGACACCGAGGUGAAGGAUGGCUGCAACAACGUGGCGGAAGAGGCCAACACUGUCCCUCAUGACCUUGCAAGCAGCAAGCCGUGGCUUGCCCGGUGCACGAGGUCGAGGUUUGUUCAUCAUCCGAGCUCGUUCAGCUACAAAAGGAUGCUGCCAUUUCUCAUGGAGAAUGAAAUCUCUUCUCAGGAAGGUCAAAGGGUCAAAAUUCGAAGAGUUGCAGAGGAAAGGCUACUAGCAUCAGAUGAGAAUGGCAUCUUUACCAGUGGGCAGCAGCAUCUUGCUUUCUCUGAUGACUCUUCUCAGGAAUGCAGCAGAGCUCAAGUUGAAAGAAUGGAGGAAGAAGAGCCACCAAAAGCUGAUAAAAACUGUGUUCUUGAUGACAGGCAGUCUCAUUCUGCUGUUACGAAAGCCUCUCCUCCAGAAUACAAUGCAGCUGAAGAGCAAAAUGUCUUGCAACAAGAAGCUUUGACUUCAGGUCAAGACCCAGUAACUUCUUCUGAGGGUAAAAAUUGUGUUCUUGAUGACAAGCAGUCUCAUUCUGCUGUUAUGAAAGCCUCCCGUCCAGAAUACGAUGCAGCUGAAGUGCAAAAUGUCUUGCAGCAAGAAGCUUUGACUUCAGGUCAUGACCCAGUAACUUCUUCUGAGGGUGAUUUAAUAUCAGAUGGGGAUGAUGUCCAGGCAAGCGGUCAGCAUCAGAUUGUUGUGUCAGAGGAUUGUCCAGAGGAAUGCAAAAGAGAUAAAGUCAAAAGAAGUGUACAAGAUGAAGCUGUAAAGUCAGAUGGGAGCCAUGUUCUGUAUAGCUGGGAAUUUCAGCCUGCUGUAUCAGAAAUCUCUCCUUUGAAGACUGACACGGCUGACAUGCAAAAGGCCACACAAGAAGAGCCGUCACCUUUAGAUGGAGAUGAAGAAAAUUCAUACAAGGGCGACCAUCUUGCCAAUGAGCAGCUUCAGCCCUGUGUCGCAAAGGAGUCCCUGACUGCACAACUGCAAGAUAAUUCUGAAUUAGCUGAAGUACCGCAGUGUCAAACCAAAGACUCACGAUGUCAUGAUGUUGGUUUUGUUAGCCCUACCAAGACCAUGAUACCAUUGUUGCAUUCGUGUUGUGCCCAAGAUCCCGAGGAUUCUGUGGCUGCUCAUGAUAAUCAGCUUCUUGACAGUGACAUACAAAUGAUCUGCAGGUCUUCUGAUCCUUGUGCUGUUGACAGAUCUUUAUCAGUAGAGGAAAUGUCUGGAUGUAUUCCGCUCACUGAAUCGGGAUGCAAAGCUGGCAUAUCGCAGCCAAGAGGUGUUCAUUCUAUGGAAAAAAGAGUUCUCUCUCCUAAUAAGUAUUCUCCUAAGAAGCUUUCUCCAAAGAAAGGAAUACUUAAGAGGCAUCCAAGGGGGUGCAAGGGCAUCUGCAUGUGUUUGGACUGCUCUACAUUUCGUCUACAUGCUGACCAAGCUUUUGAGUUCUCUAGGAAGCAAAUGCAAGAAGCAGAUGAUAUAAUAAGUAACUUAUUGAAGGAGGUGGCAAAUCUUAGGAGUCUGGUGGAGAAGCCUGCUGUCCAACAGGAGUCGACACAAGCAGCUUGCAGACAGGCGUCUCGGGUGGAAGAGGUGGCCAGAGAACGUUGCCGGCAGAUGUUCGAGGAUCUGAAUUCCCACUGCAGAAUCCCUAGACCGAGGGUAACAUUCUCGCAGUAUGUCGAGGAAAAGAAGGUGGCGCCAUCUCCCAGCCGCAGCCGGAGGUGACCGAACUUCUGAACGUGGUCUCAGCCUGCUGACCUGCUGAUCGUCUAGCUUUUGUUCAGCACAUUCUGCGUGCUGCCGCUUGUGAACCGCGAGUUUACCUUCUGGUCGGGACUCUGACAUAUAUCCGGUCUCGUGGAAGCAAUGCGAUGUGCCGCUGUAGCGGUGAGGGGGUGGUUCAGUGGUUGUCAAAGGGACACAAGGAAGCCCUGGAAUGGAGUUCUUGCAAGCUGGAAAAUGCCGGUUUGCUAUGGAGGAGGGAUUGUUGAGCUGUGAAAUGGCGGCGGCGGCAUCGUAAGGAGGGCGUCUUGCGUUGGUUCGUGAUGCUUGGUCCUUGUGCCAUGUAUUAUGUAUGCUGUCUCUAAUUCAUACAUAGAGAACAGCUUCAGAUUUGUUCGGUUGGCCGGCGUGAGUGCUGGUUGGUUUCAGGCUUGCAGGCCUGGAAAUAUGGGUGUGAGCUUAGCUGGAGAGGUUUGCAUGCAGGCCUAAUCCUCCGAGGAUCUAGAGUUGCUUUUAAGUUGUUUAACUGCCUAACUGGUAGUAUGAAAUGUAUGAUGGAUGACUGGAACGGAACCGAAGUUAGUUAACAAUC